CAAAGCAAAAACAAAGAAAAAGAAAGUCUAGACUUUAGAGCUUCUUCUUAAUUUCUACACUGUUAUUAAUGGCUGCCUCUCCAAAAAUCCACCUCUUCAAGAAAUCAGCAAUAGAAGCAGGAACUCCAGAGUUGUAUUAUCUGAAUCCAUCGGAGAACUUAUGGAAGAUAACAUCCAUGUGGAGAGUCGUUGAGCAUGAAGAUCUUCUUUUUUUGACACUCGAUUUGAAAGCAAUUGGGGAUCUGGUUUCGGUCCAUAUGGAUGGAAAGUUUAUCAAUAUUGAAGUAAAGAAAGAAAACAAGGAAAACGGCGCUGCUCGUUUUCAUCAUAAAGAUGGGAUGAAGAAGUUCAGUAUUGAGAUGAACCCUCACUUCCUUCACUUAGGAAUUAAGGUUGAUGAUAUCAAAGGCUGGGAGGGUAUUGCACGGAACUAUAUCUCUAAACUCACACCUAUAGAAAUCAAGAGAUAUGCUGAAACGAAGAACGAUCCUAAACCCAAAUCUGAAGAAAAAAGCAAGGGGCCCUACACUGUAACCAUCAAUGUUUCUCGUCUCAACUGAAGAAGUAAUCAAAGAAGAAGUUAAUGGUAAGGAGGGAAAUGGAAGGUGGUCUACUUCUCGUCUUUAAGUUUUAUAAGUUUGCUGCUGUUGCUCUUGUCUUUUGAGUUUUCUUUCUAGUUUUUCAUUUUCUUCUAGGGGUUGGUUUAUUUAUGUCUUUUAUGAUUUCAGUUUCUAGAUAGCUAGGGGUUUUUGAAAGUUGUUUGAAGAUUGAUUUCCAGGAGAUUAUAAAAUGGAUCACACAAUGUAAUCAUCAUCAAUCUACAUCAAACAACUGAUAUUAUCUAUUUAUCUUUAAUAUUUAAUCAGUAAAAUCCUUCCAUUUCCAUAUCAAAAA